ACACGUGUUUUCAAAUAAGGAAGACACAUGUUCCUUGAAGUGCAGGUAGAGGUGAAUGCACAGGCACUGCGGUCACGCCUAGGUCUUCAGGGCAGAGCGGAGAGCUUUGCUAAGUUUCAUUUCCUCUACCUGCUGAGCAACACACACUCUGUGCGGGCGGGCGGGAGCCGAGCCGAUCGCUGCCACUGAAUGUUGUACCAUUCAACAGGUGCACUCAUGUUAACAUGGACCGAGCCUGGUUUUUCCCCGUUCCCCUGCUCAUUCUCCUGUCUGCAAGAGGACAUUCCAAGGAAAACACGUUACCUGUACCGAGAAACUUGCAUUUCUGGUCACUAAACUUGCAGAAUGUUCUCCACUGGGAACUGCCCGCACGGAGAACAGCUGGGAAGCAACUGUUCAGCGUGCAAUAUAAAGUGUAUGGAGAAAAAGAUUGGAAGAUCAAAGCUGAGUGCCAGAAUAUCACAAAAACAUAUUGUGACCUUUCAAAUGAAACGGAUUAUUACAAAGAACAUUACUAUGCCAGGGUAAGGUCUGUUUCGGAAGCAGGCUUUUCAAAUUGGAUUAAAAGUGGAAGAUUCAAUCCAGAAAUGGAAACGAUCUUCACUUCGCCAAAAGUAAAACUGGAAGCUGGGGUCUGUUCCAUCACAAUCAUUUUGACACCUCCCAAAAAAUGGCAGUACAAUCUACAUCAAUCUAUUCCACUGACUAAAAUGUUUCAUGAAUUAAAAUUUGAAAUCCUUAUCAUCGACGAAAAGAUAAAUAAAUCGUGCACUUACCUGGAAAAUGGUGAUUUUAAAAAGGUGGACACAUUGGAACAUGACACCACUUACUGUGUGACUGUUCGGUCAGUGGAACAUUCCUCUUUGAGAAGAAGUGACCCUUCUAAAAAUCAAUGCAUAAAAACACCAAAAGAUCCAGCAAAACAAAUGGUUCAAAUUAUUCUGUUUGGAUGUGUCCUGCCUGUCCUCCUUUUUAUUUUUAUCUUUGCUUUGGCUUGCUGUUUUAUGUACAAAUACGUGAAUGCCAGAGAUCAGAAGCAACCUAUAAAUCUGCUGCAAAAUGAUUGCCCAUCAAAUCAGACAUUCUUGAUUUGUUCACCUGAAUUACUGGCCAUUAAUGUUGUGAUUCUGGAGAAGAGGGACAAGGAAGCAUCAUCAUAUGGGUGUAAAGAUGCUGAUGAUUGCAAAAUCCCUUUAACAUCCCAGGUUUGCAACAUGUCUGCUACUGAAUGGAAAGCUAUUCCCCUGACAAUAGAAAAUGUGUACAAAUCUCAAAUUGUAGAAAAUCCAGCAACAGAAAACCGUGUGUAUAGCGAGCGCGGUGUUCCAGUGGCUGAUCAGUCCAAACAAAAUGGUCCCUCAACUGUAAAUGAAGGAAUUCACCAUGGCGACGUUGCAACAGAGAACAUCAGCCUCCCUCAGCAGUUGCAAAGCAUCCAGCUGCCAAAUGGGAAUUACAGAAAACCACUGCAAUUGGGAUACAGAUCGCAACUGCUGUCAGGGCCUGUGAACGUUGAAGGAGCACAGUAUCGUCCAGACUAUGGCCUUCUCGAAGUAGAGACACGUCUAAACCCACAAAAUGAACGACCACGCCUCUCACCAGACAGAAAGACAGAUGAUCCGCUGCAGACAAGUUACUUGUCGCAAUCUGUUACGAAUGAUUCAAACACGAGGGCGACAGGGAGCAAUGAUGGUCAGCGUGAGAGAGCGUAUCUGCCAAAAAUGCCACAGCAGCAAGAACAAAGUAACUAUACGUCGCAGGUUCAACUGGCCGGAAAGCCUUCAAUGAAUGGUGUUGAUUGUUGUCCUCUUGUAUUAGAUAGCAAGAUGCUGAAUGAAAAACUAUAUGAAGAGAUGGAGGAGGCAGAUUUAGACUGGGACCUCAGUAGUGGUAGACUGAGCUUAUCUGCAUUGUGCAUUAGGAGAGAUUCAGAGGAUCGUGACUCCUUGACACAGACUAUAGAACCGCAGCAAGAUCUUCUAUCCUCUGUAUGUACAAAGGCCUUUCCAGAUGAAUCUUUAAAAACUGAGGAAGAAGUCUAUUUAUCAAACUUCCAAGAACAUUGGGGGCUGCGUUUACAAAUAUAGCAAUUGGUGGUCUCUGUUUGCAAGAGCCAUGUGUAUUUUGUGCAAAAUAUGCCACCAUUUGGCACUUCCAUUUUGUUCAGUUGUAGAUCAUUCACUAUUUUAUGUCACUUUGGCAUAAAAUCUAAACGUGAUCGAAAUUUGGACAGUCGUUACCAAUCUCCUUGAUAGACUGUCAAAAGGGGAACUUUGGCUUUGGUACACAGAUACUGAAUCAUCACCAAAGCAAGAGAAUGAUAACCUUGGUAAUAUCAGGCAAAGCCCAAAACAGAGCAGUGGAAGAAACACUUUGGCACAGAGAAGUCGUGCAGCUCAAGGGAAACAGAACAGCCCACCCACAGAAGGAGAUCGGGCAAAACAUCCUUUCCAGCGCCAAGUUAGUGUGUAAUGUAUAUAUAUGUAUAUAUAUAAUGUAUACAUAUAUAUAUAUGACAUGAUCGAAGGAAGCAGCAUGAAUUACUUCUGAAAUAGGAAAUAGGCCAGCAUAAGAAAAUCAUUUGAUGCAACGGCUUGGUAUAUUAUUGUUUCAUCUGUUGGGUUUAUAUUCCAAUCCUGGAUAAAUUAUUGGAAUGAACUUGUGAGAUCUUUAUUCAGUAUUAAGGUUUGGACAGUGUCCAUCUAACUCAAUGCAGCACACACAUCCGCAACACAAUUUAUCGUUAAUUGAAAAUGUCACUGAAAAAAAUAACUUGUCGAUCUAAUAUGUUUUUUUUAGUAAUUCAGAAACAUUAUUGGUAAUGUGGAGCAAACUGUCUUUGCCUCACCUAAAUGGAGUCAUGCAGAACUGUAGAUGCUGGAAUCUUGAGCAAAACACAAAGUGUUGCAGGAGCUCAGCGGGUCAGACAGCAUCUGUGGAGGGAAUGGAUAGACGUUUUGGGUCAGGGUUCUCUGCACCUCCACUGGGAAACAUCAUGGUUUCUAUUUUUCAAACUUGAAAAUUGAUUAUGCAUUUUAAUAUCCAGAUAGAUCAAUAUGAUACAUAAUUGGACACUGUCAGUAACCAAAGAUUUUUUUUGAAAAGCUGUUGGAAAAAUAUAUUUGUAUGUGCAGAAUAUUUCAGAGCUGUUAUAUUUUAUAAGCUUUGCAUUUGAUUCAUUUGUAAAUUCAUUUAUUAAAAAAAUGACUAUUGGCUGUGUUAAAUUUUAAACUUGUUCAAUUUUUGACUUAGGUAGCAAAGCACUUCAUAUUCAGUACAAGCAAAGUUUGCAUUACACAGGUACCGCACUUCAAAGAACAUGCUUCACUUCAAAGAACAUUCCAGGAUAUUUCCUGAGGUGCAGAGAAGUCUGAGAUAGAACCAGGAAAUAUUUCAGAUUAGAAAUGAGUGUUAGUUUAGUUUAGUUAUGCAGCAUGGAAACCGGCCCAUCAUGUCCACACCGAUUGUCAAUCACCCGUUCACACUAGUUCUAUCCCACUUUGUCAUCCAUCCGAUACACACUGGGGACAAUUUUACAGAAGCCAAUAAACUUACAAACUCAAAACGUCUUUGGAAUGUGAGAGGACAUGGUCACAGGGAGAACGAGCAAACUCCAGACAGGCAACACCCAAGGUCGGGAUCGAACCGCAGUCUCUGGUGCUGUGAGGCAGCAGCUCUACCACUUGUGCCACUGUGCCGUCCUCCAUAAAUCCAUCGUAUAUGAAACAUUUAAUCUUACAUAUGAUGGAGGCAGUUAGCCCUUUCAUUUAUAAUGGAUUCAUCUGCUUUGAUAAGAUUACAAAUGGAGAAAUAUCAUAAAGAAUAUAAACAUUCAUCAUUGGACAUCACUUAUAACUGCAUGUGCAUGCUGUAUUUCACACCUUCAGACAAUAAUAAUGGAGUUAGACACAAAAUACUGGAGUAGCUCAGCGGGUCAGGCAGCAUCCCUGGAGAAAAGGAAUUAGUGGCGUUUUGGGUCGAGACCAGUCUCAGGCCCGUACGAAGCUUUUCAAAAAGGGGGGUGGCAUGACAGGAUUACAAAACAUUUAUGUGAAAUAAUGUUCACGCAGCGCACAUCACGAGCAUGAAGUCCCUUGCGGCCAGGGUCCAGGACCCGUUUAAGGGCCCUGGAAGCUCUGGAGUUUUAGAUGCUCUCUGGUCCAUUCUGAGCCUUGUUUUGGAGCAUUUUUGCACCAAAUUUAUGACCAAUAUUUCAGAAAUCAUUUUGGUUGUCAAGAGUAAUGAAUGGGUGGAAUGGGAUGAUUGGGGUUAUUGGUGUAUACAUUUUUUUAAAUCAAAAAUUGAAGUUGUUUUUGUUUUAAUAAUCAAGUUGUUCUGUUGUAAAAUGUUAUGUGCAAUGUUAUGAAGGAGCAUGCAAAAAAUGCAAAUAAAAUAGUGUACGUUUUUGCAGUAAAGAAAACCUUUUUGUAGAAAAUGCUUUGUAUGUUGAUUUGAUUGCGUGUUACUGUUAGACUGUGUUAGUGUGUGCAGUGCACCUUUAAUAGUCCUCCUGACCUAACAACUUCACAUCACAUCAAUUUCAACAUGGAAUAGUGAUGUGAAUACAACAUUUAGUUCAAUUUCCAUCAUGAAAAUUGUAGUCAAACUAAAUGGUGCAUUUACAAACUAACCUAUUUUACUGUCAUACUAUUAUAACAAAUUUUAAUUCCAUGUUGACUCAUAAACAAGAUCACAAAUCUCAUUUUGAAUUCUCAAACACAAUGUGAUUGUGAAUAAUAGCAGAGCUGCCAAGUUUCACGAAGCAUUCCCGUAUUUUGAUGGUUAAAGAUCAGUAUUUUGCAUGCAACCUCGUGUAUUCUCAAAUAUCAGUAUGGAAUACUGAAAUUCAGUACUGCUGAAUUGUGAAACCAUUUUUGAAAUGUGAAUCUAUAAUUCUUGAUUUUGAUCCAAUAACGUAAAUAUAUAUAAUAACAUAUCUAUACUUAUAAAACUCUGAUCUUGGAUGUGUGUGUGUAUAAUCAAAUCUUCUCGAAAACACGACACGUUAACGGUAAAAUUUCUACAUAUUCCGGUAGAUAUUUUUUCCGUGGAGUCCGAAAUUGCCUAAUCUGAAGA